AUGUCUAACAUCUUGAACAUUGGAGGCGAGCCGAUCUUUGACGACAGCAUCGUCAAGAUUGAGACUUAUACAUACAAUCCGUACGCCAACACCACAUUUGGAUACAGCGACGAAAUAAGGAUACCCAUACAACAGCAGGAUUUAUACACGUUACCAUGUGAAAGUUUUCUCUACAUUGAAGGAAGAUUGGUAAUGAAGAAGAAAGACGAUACGGAUAAGGAUAAGGAUAAGGAUGAGAUAAAUCUCGGAAAUAAUUGCGUGGCGUUCAUGUUUGAUGAAAUUCGAUAUGAAUUCAACGGUGUGGAAAUUGAUCGCAACAGAAACGUUGGAAUAACCAGCACCCUCAAGAACCAUGUAUCGUUAUCAUAUGAUAAAGCAGUAAUUAUGCAGAAUGCAAGAUGGGAAUUUUCGUAUAACCUACCGGAAGGAUACUUCAACUUUUGCAUACCGCUUAGUGUAUUAUUAGGCUUUUGUGAAGAUUACAAACGCGUGAUUGUUUACGCUCGUCAUGAAUUGAUUUUGAUACAAGCGCGCAACGAUAACAAUUCUAUUGUUGGAAAUUCUACGGCUCAACCGGAAAUUGAGUUAUUUAAAGUGCAGUGGCGAAUGCCGCAUGUUACGUUAAACGAAGUCAACAAAUUAUCUUUGCUGCGAGCUUUGGAGAGUGGACAAUGUCUAACUAUGAGUUUUCGCUCCUGGGACCUGUAUGAGUAUCCUUUGCUGCAGAGUACGAUGAAACAUUCAUGGGCUGUUAAAACUGCAAUUCAACUUGAGAAACCGCGCUUCGUUAUCUUCACACUGCAAACUGGUCGAAAAAAUAUCAUGUCUCAAGAUGUUACAAUCUUUGACGACUGUAAUUUAACCAAUGUAAAACUUUAUCUAAACUCCGAAUUUUAUCCGUAUGACGAUAUAAAUUUAGACUUUCGUAAAUCUAGAUAUGCUAUUCUAUAUGACAUGUAUCGACGUUUUGGUAAAUCUUAUUAUGGAUAUGAGUGUGAAACGCUGCUCAAUGUAAUCAUAUUUCUGGAAAAAAAACCUUUUGCGGUCAUUGACUGUUCGCGACAAAAUGAAUCCGUCAAGAGUGAUACCGUAGAUGUGCGCAUAGAAUUUGAUUGCAAAGAAAAUGUUCCCGCGAAUACUACCGCUUAUUGUCUCAUUUUAUAUGAUCGUGUUGUAACGGACCGUAUUUCCCACGCGGGCUUAGUCUGCUAG